UUUCGCUUCAUAUAAAUGAAUUUGAUCUCUAUAAAUACCUUACAUAAAUAAUACAUAUAAUACACAAUGGCACUAACUUAUGUUGGGAAAUUUUUAUUAAAUAUGAAAGGUUUUUAUGAUGAAAUAAAUCCUGCCACAUUAAGUGGCGCCAUUGAUGUUAUAAUAAUUCAACAAGAGGAUGGUUCAUAUAUCUCAUCACCUUUUCAUGUUAAAUUUGGGAAAUUAGGUGUUAUCCGUAGUAGAGAAAAGAUAGGACGCGUGGCAGUUUAUACAGCAUUAGCUAUACUAAAAAAGCGCUCUACAGGAACAGAUGACUGGAUUGCGGUAGAUAUUGAGAUAAACGAGGAAUACGUUGAAGACUUGCACAUGAAAUUGGGCGAAUCGGGUGAGGCCUUUUUCGUGCAGCCUCAAAUAUCAAUAACCAAAUCAGAUGGCCCUAUAGAUGGAGACAUUCUGACCAGGUCUCAGAGCGGGAUUGCCCUUAAUGGAAAAUGUUUUGUAAAGGACCUAGAAGGCACCAUUGUAACCAACGAUGGCAGAAUAACAAGAAGCGAACAUUAUUCCGGUUCCGCCCAUUCCGCAGAGGAAGAUCUAGCAACGUCUCCUAUAUGGUCAGGAGCGGAGGACGAAUGCCCCAGACUUAACUCUUUUAAAGACAAACAACCUGAUUUGGUAAAAUUUUGCAACCAUUUAGCCCACAUCAAAGCUUAUUCGAGCCCAUCGCCAACGAGUAGCGAUCACGAAAACGGUUCUGUCAAAUCGCCUUCUACUUCGUCCAGGAGGCGGAAAAAAAUUAAUCGCCGAAAUUUGACCCGGAAUGAAGAAGAGUCUACGACCAAAGAGACCUUUGACAAAUCUUCCCUCAAAUCCAGUUUUUCCAUAGAUAGUGGACUUCAUCGGUCCCGAUAUUCGGAUCCAGAAAUCACUAAGAAACCAAGUGUACCACGCAAUAAAUCUUUUAAGAUCUCUUCCCUCAAAAUUAAUUUGAAUACGUCACUCUCCUACAGCGAAAACGACUUGUCCAAUUUCGUUAACUCUAUAGACUCUUCAUGGCCAGAAGCCCCGGAUUUCCCUUGCUUGCCACCAGGGCGGUACAAGAGCGAUACCGAACUUGAAACCCGGAACCCUACUUCUUGCUCUUCCGCCAAUAAUAGCGAUAACGUCACUCUCGCUAAUGCCAAAAGUAAUAUUAAAAAUCAUCACAAAGCCGAAGACAGUCACGUCGACAAGGCUGGUCAGAAUUUGAAAUGGAGAUGGGGAAAAUUGCCAGAGAAAAAAUCAAUGGACGAAGAAAGUGAAAAGGGCGGCAAAAUUAAAAAGAAUUACCCCAAAAACAUCCCAAGUAAAGCGAACCUCAAAACGGGAAUCUACCUUGACGACAUCAAAAGUGGUCAAAUCGACCCUCAGACCAUAGCAACUUACUUUCCUGCGCCACAUUUGGGGAACGACGUGAAUGCCAAUGUUGAAAACAAUUUAUUUGGAAAAGUUAAGACCAAUUUAUCGGUUCCCUUGGAAAUUAUUAAUGAUAACUUACAAGAUCAAAAUUCAACCAAUCUCGAUGAUCCUUCCAAUUUUUAUGCUCUAUCCAUUUGUGGGUUCUCUCAGCCUCCAUAUUUGCAAUCGCACUCAUCGGGCCACGAUAUCCAAAUAUCGUCAGAGCUAUUCCAUCGAUUCCAAUUGUCCUACCAAGAUUUGUGCGAUGAUUCCAGUUUGUUUCAUAAUCCCAAUCUGGUGUGCCGCAUAGGAAAAAAGUAUUACCCUUGGCAAAUAGCUAUUCCGCUUUUAACCUCAAUAUUCAUAUACACCAAGCCAUAUCCAGAGGAUCAGCUUUCGAGCUACUUAAAAUUGUUGCCACCCGUUAAAAGAAACAUUAAUAAUAAAUCAUCGUCCUCAUGGUUUUCUUGGCGAUCGUCCAAGCAGCAGACCUCAUCCUCCAGAAUCAACUCCUCUAUUCAAAACAAAACCAUGAUUACAACCAAGGUUAACGAGAAUAAGAAUAACAGAGACCCAUCGCUCAAGCGUUCGACCUCAUUUGAUUCGGCCGAACGCGAUAAUAAGGAAAAAAAUCAAAUAUUCGCCACUGAACUCAAUCACAAAUCUGUUGGACAUUCACGUUGGAUUAAAUCACUUAGGCUCACCUCGGAACAAAUAACCAAAUUGAAAUUGAAAGAAGGUAGCAACGAUGUAACAUUUUCAGUGACUACUCAAUUCCAAGGCACUACCAGAUGCGCCUCACAUAUUUUCCUAUGGAAUUUCGAUGAUAAACUAGUCAUUUCCGAUAUUGAUGGGACAAUAACCAAGUCAGAUGUAUUAGGCCACAUAUUCCCUUUCCUUGGCAAGGACUGGUCUCAAUAUGGUGUAGCUGAACUCUAUUCCCGCAUAAGCAAGAAUGGAUACAAAUUCGUUUACCUUUCUUCACGAGCUAUCGGGCAAGCACCUGGAACUAGGGGAUACCUCAACAGCUUCAAACAAAACAAUAUGCCUCUACCACAAGGUCCUAUCUUGCUCAACCCAAACUCGCUCCUCUCGGCUUUUCAUAAGGAAGUCAUCGAAAAGAAGCCAGAAGAAUUUAAAAUAAGCUGCUUGAAGGAUAUACGUGCUCUGUUCCCCACCCAAUUCUCACCAUUUUAUGCCGGCUUCGGCAAUCGGAUAACAGACGUUUACGCUUACCGUGCUGUGGAUAUUCCCAUAUCCCGAAUAUUCACCAUCAAUUAUAAAGGAGAGAUCAGCGUCGAUUUAACCAAAACAUUUUUGACUUCUUACGCCAAGUUGCAGGAUUUGGCUGAUCAGGUAUUCCCUCCUGUGAUAAAAACUCAUCGAAGGUAUCACUCUGAACCUUAUUUCGACUUUUCAUCCGAACCUGAGGCUUGCGACGAUUCUGAUUCCCGCCGAAAUUCAAACUCUAGUCAAUCUAGACAAGAAUCCGUGAAAUUGCAACCCUCAUUCUCAUUUGUGGUAAAAUCUCACGCUAACGAUACUCUAUUAGAGGCCGACAGAUUUAGCAAUUUUACAUUUUGGAGAUCCCCUCUACCCGCUUUGACUGAACCUAUAGAAAAUGAAGAGUUUUUAGAUGUCAUCGAUUCUGAAAGCUAACCAGUUACUUUUGCGCGGAUGCCUGUUUCAUAUGUCUCAAUGCAUAUGGCGCACGGUUCAAAAAAAUCCGCUAAUUUGCAAUUCAUACAAAACCGAAAAUUUUGCUAUGUACAUAAAAAUGUUAAUGUCACUGGCAUAUGUACCAAUUGAGGAUGUAAUUCAUGGAUUCGAGGAAUAAUGUGCCUCUAAAUUUUAU